CGCAGCGCUUCCCCCGCGCCGUCCUCGCUCCAUCUCUCGCCUCGCUGUCAUCCCAGGAGAGGGAAGAAACCGAGAAAGAAAGAGGCGAGGAGGACGAGGAGGAGGAGGAGGAGAAGAGGGGAUUCCCCCUCCUCGUUGUUCCUUCCUCUCUCUCUCUCUAGCUCUAUCUCUCUUUUCGACGCGCUUCCGGAGGCAUUGCGUCCUCACGUUCUCCUCGUCCUGCCCAAGAGAGACUGCAACAGGAAUGGCUCAACUCAAGUCUCCCUUGGGGGGGAUCAUCAACGAUGUCAAAGGAAGAGCCUCAUGCUACAAGCAAGACUGGAUCUGCGGAUGUCACUCGGGCAUGAGCAUAUUGGCUCCAACAAUGUACAUCUUCUUUGCCUCCGCACUUCCUGUCAUCGCCUUCGGAGAACAACUCAGUAAAGACACCGAUGGAGCUCUGAGCACCGUCGAAACUUUGGCUUCUACCGCCAUCUGUGGCGUCAUACACUCCGUCAUCGGCGGGCAGCCAAUGUUGAUCGUGGGAGUCGCAGAGCCUACCGUGAUAAUGUACACGUACCUGUACAGCUUCGCUAAAGGACGUGAAGAUCUGGGAGGGCGUCUAUACUUGGCCUGGGCAGGAUGGGUCUGCGUGUGGACUGCUGUAAUGCUAUUUCUUCUCUCAAUUUUUAAUGCUUCUGCUAUCAUUAGUAGAUUCACAAGAAUUGCAGAUGAACUCUUCGGAAUGCUGAUCACAGUUCUGUUCUUCCAAGAAGCUAUUAAGGGUGUCGUAAGUGAAUUCAGAGUACCCAAAGGUGAAGACCGAACUCUACCAAUCUUCCAGUUUGAGUGGCUGUACACAAAUGGGCUGCUGGGGAUCAUAUUUGCUGCUGGUCUUCUUCUUACCGCAAUAAAGAGCAGGAGGGCGAGAUCAUGGAAGUACGGCACAGGGUGGCUCAGAGGUCUUACCGCGGACUAUGGUGUGCCUUUGAUGGUCUUGUUGUGGACGGCCAUGUCAUACGCUGUCCCCAGCAAGGUUCCUUCUGGAGUUCCAAGGAGGCUCUUCAGUCCUCUUCCAUGGGAAGCCAAAUCUUUGUAUCAUUGGACUGUUGCAAAGGAUAUGCUGUCUGUUCCUCCAGUGUACAUCUUCGCUGCCAUCAUACCUGCAUUGAUGGUCGCAGGACUCUACUUCUUCGACCACAGCGUCGCCUCCCAGAUGGCACAGCAGAAGGAGUUCAAUCUGAAGAAACCCUCCGCCUACCACUACGACAUUUUGGUCCUCGGCUUCAUGGUUCUGGUUUGUGGGUUGCUCGGAAUCCCCCCUUCCAAUGGCGUCCUCCCUCAGUCCCCCAUGCACACCAAGAGCCUUGCUGUCCUCAAGAGGCGGAUAAUCCGCAAGAAGAUGGUGGAGACUGCCAAGGAGAGCAUAAGGCAGCAAGCGACCAACUCGGAGAUGUACGGGAAGAUGCAAGAGGUGUUCGUCAAAAUGGACGAGGGGUCUACGAGCAUCUCGAUCGAUAAAGAACUGAAGAACUUGAAGGACGCAGUCAUGGGCAACGGCGCCGGCGGAGACGAUUCCAAGGGAGCGUUCGAUCCGGAGAAGCACAUCGACGCCCACUUGCCUGUUCGGGUCAACGAGCAAAGAAUGACCAACCUCCUGCAGUCCCUGCUCGUGGGUGCUUGCCUCGCAGCCAUGCCCGUCAUCAAGAUGAUACCCACAUCCGUCCUCUGGGGUUACUUCGCUUACAUGGCCAUCGACAGUCUGCCCGGAAACCAGUUCUGGGAGCGGACACUGCUUCUGCUCAUCACUCCCAGCCGGCGUUACAAGGUCUUGGAAGGGAUGCAUGCUUCGUUCGUGGAAUCGGUUCCCUUCAGGCAGAUCGCUGCCUUCACGAUCUUCCAGUUCCUUUACCUGCUGCUGUGCUUUGGGGUGACAUGGAUACCCAUAGCAGGAAUCCUCUUCCCAUUGCCAUUCUUCGUCCUGCUCAGCAUCAGACAGCACGUCCUCCCCAAGUUCUUCCAUCCGCACCAUCUCUGGGAGCUGGACGCGGCUGAGUACGAUGAGAUCGCCGGCACCCCUCGCCGCGCUCGCAGCUUUUCGUUUAAGGAAGGAGAAGCGUCGACGUCGGACAGCGAUGACGGCCGUGUGGAAGUGUGCGACGCUGAGAUACUGGACGAGCUCACCACCCACAGAGGCGAACUCAAGCAUCGAAACAAGAGCUUCAACGAUGACAGGUUCCACCAGGUUCAUCCCGAUAAGAACACGCAGAUCGGAUGAAGAAACAGGGCUACAGGGCUGCUGGAUUUUUUUGUCGAGAAGAUGUGAUAGACUCGGAGAGAGAGAGCAACGAACACAACACGCUGAUUCAUCCGCCAUUAUAGAUCGAUCAAAAACAACAAAACACAGCGAAGAUUAGUAUACUUACUACGUGCAAGUAAUUAGCACACCUCUCCUCGUAGCUCCCGUGUCAUUCUGCUUCUUGUGAAACGGAUGAAUUGGCUCUCUCUUUGAUAUCAUAUCGGAUUAUAGUAUUGCUUCA